AUGACACAGCAAAUCCAAGAGCAGGCUAUGCCAUUCGGUAUCCAGCACACCAAAAGCCGGAUGGCGGAACUAUUGGCGGCCGAUGUAGUCGUUGCUGCAGGUUCAGCAACAUUGAUAACACCAGCGGUGAUGAUCUUUGACAGACUCGUCGUCGAGAAAUCAUUCUAUAACCAACCUCUCUUCCCGGCAUUUCGCAGACACCUCUGGUUCUCCCUCACACAACCUGCAACUUUCUUAACCUCACGGCCCAGUCUCCUCGUCUGGUCACUUUACACUGCAACCUUCGCCACAGCCAAUGCCUCAGAGACCAUCCUGAGCAAGUGGUACCCGAAGAUCGACCAUGCCAUCGCAGGAAUGACCACCUUCGCUUCAACAUUCAUAGUCAACUCCUCUGUGGGCAUCUGGAAGGACGUGAAAUUCGCCCAAUUAUUCGGCCACAGCAACACCUCCGUGCCAACGAAAAACAACACAACCCCACCAAGCCCAGCUCCAACUCCAACUCCCACAUCCACCUCCAACACAACUUCCAACACAACUUCCAACACAACCUCACCCCCUAAAACGGCCCGCUCAAUUGGCCGCACCCGAAUCCCCGUAGCAACAUACUCAGCCUUCCUCGUCCGGGACGCCCUCACAAUCUUUGGCUCCUUCAGCCUCCCCGCCAUGGUCUCAACAUCGAUCCCAGACUCCAUCGCCUCCCAAGAAUACCUCAAGAUCCUGAUAGCGCAGCUCGCUAUCCCAGCCUCCAUCCAACUCAUCAGCACGCCAAUCCACCUGCUCGGCCUGGAUCUAUACAACCGGCCACAGGUGAUGCCGACUAAAGACCGGAUCAACCGUGUCAGUCGCGACUGGAUUGGCGCGUCCCUACUGCGCAUGUGUCGCAUUAUCCCCGCUUUCGGAAUUGGCGGGUUCGUUAAUACAGAGGGCCGCCUUUACUUGCAUGACCAAGUUGGUGGUCGGAAGGGAUCUUGA